AUGAAUGUUUUAUAUUCUAAAGAGAAGAGAGGGAAUGUGAAAAAAUUGCCUCGAAAAACCCAAGAAUCCUUCUCCUCAUUUACGCAAUCUUCAUCAAACCAAGACAGUCUCGCAUCAGGGGAUGGUGACUGCGCUCGAUGCUGUAGACUUUGUGGUGGUGACACCAUGCUGAAGUACUUCAGGGACUCUUACGUUUGGGAAGGAGUCGAAGAAAGAUAUGAUCAAUUAUUGUACGACUGUUUUGGAGUCAAGGUCACAUCUUCAGAUUGUAUGAUAUGCGAUUGGUGCGUCCGGGCAUUAAGGGGCACGGAAAAGUUCCGGGCAUUGGUCCACGCAGCAUUCGACCCAACAGCCAGUGCCAGUGACAUGGCAAUAGACACUGAUGCGUCGUCAACGUUAAUAACAAUCAGAACCAACAGCUGUCAAACAACAAACAUCGGCUCGGAACAACGUUCAAGGCUAGAGAAACAAGAACAGCAGAUGAUUAGUAAAAAAGUUGACACGCAAAGAAAACGUACUCUGAAAAAAAUGGUUGGCCGUCAAGACAUCAUAAACAAGAGGACUAUCGUCAAUUGCGAAAUUUGCAAUCAAAAGUACCCCAUGAUGGUUCCCAAUGGCGUGUGUAAAGCGUUCACCUGCUCUCGUUGUAAUAAAAACAGAGAUUCCAAGAAUGCGGUGUGCAAGAAGUGUAAUAUUGUAAUGCCAAAAAAUAUGUUUAAAGAUCACAUGGAGAUGCACGUAAAGGCUGAUGUUAGGGCAACUUCCAGACUAAUGCAACACAAAAAGCUUUUACAUUCGUCUCGCACAAAAAUAGUCAUGGUGCCCAAACCAAGGAAUCAGUGCACAAAAGACUCAAAGAAAUAUUAUACAGUCGGCAGACAAGCGGAACAUGUUAAAGAUAUGAAAGAAGUAUUUGACGAUAAUGAGAAAUACACUUCUAACUAUGAUGAAGAUUUAAAUUCUAAACAACACGAAGAAAGCCAGAUGUACCCAGCAUCGCAUCACUGCAGGGAGCAUCACUACAUUUUGGAAAACGAAAUUAAAUAA